UUCAAGCAAAUACCAUAGAAGGCAAGUUCAUCAGAACCUGUUUCGGGACAUGCUUUUCUCUGCAAUGCCCUGCUCUUGCAGAUGUGUGGUAAGGUGUGCUGUUUAAAUGGAUUGGUUAGUUUCCUGUUUUCUAGCCCUUUAAGCAAACAUUCACUGAUUAUUCAUUUUAUGCUUCUUCUCAAUUUUUUAUUUUACUUUUUAUUUACUCUAUUAUUACAAAUAUUCUGCGUAAGAUUAUUUUUUACAUUUGUUAAGUUUUUUUCAUUACAUUAGUAUUUUAUUUUUAUCCCGCAUGUUAAAUAGUUAAUUUUAUAUGAUUAAAAAUUUUAAUAUAUAAAUUAUACCCUGUACUUAAACCAGUGCAUUUACAUAAUGACAUUUAUUUUAUAUAACUAAAAUGUACUGUUAUAUAUUUUAAAUAAUUUUGCCAUAUAAUUGCUUUUAUAUAUUUACGUUAAAUAAUUUAUAUUAUGUUAGAAUUUUACCUAUUUAUUUUUAUCAAUUUGAUAGUUUCUUCUAUCAAAUAUUAAAAUUGAAGUUUAAAAUAAAGAUGAAAAAAGAUACGUCACAAGCAACGAAAGUAAAUAAUUAUAUCAGACGUGACAACUCUUGAUUUUUAAAAACGCCCUUAUUAUUGGAGAAACUUAUUCAAAUUUUUUAGGGUUAAAUAUGUUUUUAGUUCCUAAACUAUUGAUCAUUUCUGGUUUUAGUCUUUCUUUUAAAAUAAGGUACAAUUUGGUCCUUAUUCUUUUCGAAACUUUGGUUUUAGUCCUCUAAAACUAACACCGUUAAAAAUUAGCUGACGUGGCUAACGGUAUACUGACACACUAUUUUUUUUUAAGUGUUUCUCACCAUUUCUCCCUUUCUCUCUCUCUUCCUUCCAUCUUCCACCCAACUUCGUCUUUCACAGCAUCUCCGAUCACAUCUCUAACGUAACCAACUUUCUUCCUCAUGGCAAUCCCUUUCUUUGUCUCCUCCAUCACCAAAGCAAUUUUUUCCAAGUCUGCAUGUUGGUUGUUUCAUCAUCAACAGAAACAGAAACGAAAUCACGUUAUUAUUUGUUGCCGUCAAUUGUUAAUAUUGAUUAAUAGUAAUGUUAUUAUUAUACCCAGAUUCAUUGAAUAUAUGAGGGCCAUUUUGUUCAUAGAAGUCUACAAUUUGUGCAGGAGUUAGGCUGUAAGCUCUGGCCAACAUUUGUUUAAUAAUGGUACAUGCAUGUAUCCUGCAAUCGGGUUGUGGAAAGAGUUUCAUCUGGGUUGUGAGACCACCAAUCGGGUUGGGCAUAAAUUCGGAGUUCAGAGAAGAUAAAUGGUUGCCGGAGGGUUUUGUCGAGAGGGUUCAAGAAUCGGGGAAGGGUUUGGUGGUUCGCGAUUGGGCGCCCCAGUUGGAGAUUUUGUGGCAUUCUGCGGUUUCGGUGUUUCUGAGUCACUGCGGGUGGAACUCGGUGCUGGAAUCACUGAGUCAGGCGGUGCCUAUUCUGGGAUGGCCAACGGCGGCGAAGCAGUUUUACAACUGCAAGUUGUUGGAGAAAGAGGUUGGGAUAUGUGUGGAGGUUGCAAGAGGGAAGAGUUGUGAAGUUAAGUGUCAUGAUAUUGGGGAAAAGAUUGCUUUGGUGAUGGAGGAGACAAAGAAAGGGAUUGCCAUUUCCAUGAGAAAGAAAGUUGGUUACGUUAGAGAUGUGACCAAGGAUGUUGUGAAAGAUGAAGUUGGGUGGAAGAUGGAAGGAAGAGAGAGAAGGGGAGAAAAGGUGGUGCUCAGGUGACCGCGGUGUUGAGACCUUCGCAACCAUCCGAAUAGAUUUUUAUUUUUCAGCGGGUAAGUAGCUUUUCACUGUUCUCCACUGUUUGGGACUUAAGGCAAGUUGCAUGUGCCUAGUGUACCCUUCUUUACGUUUUUCCUCUGUUCGUUCUAGCUCUAAGAGCUGUUUCUAUCGCCACUUGGGUGAUUUGUAGAGUGGGGUUGUGCCCUUGCUGUGUGAGGUGCGGUAGAGAACAAUACUGUAAGCUGUGUUGUGGAGUUUUCCAGGUAAGGGGAGCUAGAUAUUGUUUUCAAUUUGCUUGCAAUAUUUGUAUGUAUGUUAAAUUCCUUAAUGGGUGUGUUGUUUGGUUUGCUUGUUUGAGCUCUAAAGUAAGUGAAAUUAUGGUGUUUUAGGUCACUUUGAGAGGAAGUGAGGUAGUGAUUUUGGGCAUUUGAGGUCUAAAGUGCAACUGGGCUGUUGGGGCAGUCUUAGCAAGUGGAUUGUGACUUGUUUGAGUCACUAAAUUGAUCAAAAUAGGUGCAAAGCAGUAGGAUUGGGUUUUGGAUCCCUAAGUUGGGAAAAUUGGUGUUUUAGAGUUGAAAUUGAGUCUUAAUCACUUUAGAAUGGUAGUAGGAAUGUUUAGAAUCAUUUAGAUGAGUUUAAUUAAGUAUAAAACAAGAAUUAAGGGUGUUAGAAGUUAGUAAAAAUGGUUAGGAAUGGUUAUGUUAGGUGCUGUUCAUAAUUCUGCAGAAAUUCUGCAGAAUUAUGCAGUUUCGCCGAAAGCGAACUAAUAACCGUUCGGUCAUGCGCUGUUGAGUGUUCGGUCUUAGCGUUCGGUCGUAGAAGCGUUCGGUCUUAGUGGGUGGUCUUAAAUAGCGUUCGGUCUUAGUGUUUGGUCUUAAGUAGAGUUUGGCCUUAGUGCUCGGUCUUAAAUAGCAUUCGAUCUUAGUGCUUGGUCUUAAGUAGAGUUCGGCCUUAGUGCUCGGUCUUAAGUAGCGUUCGAUCUUAGUGCUUGGUCUUAAGUAGAGUUCGGCCUUAAUGCUCGGUCUUAAGUAGCGUUCGAUCUUAGUGCUCGGUCUUAAGUAGCGUUCGAUCUUAGUGCUCGGUCUUAGGUAGCGUUCAAUCUUGAUAGUGCUCGGUCUCAAGUAGCGUUUGGUAUCUUAGGUAGCAUUCGGUCUUAGGGAGCGUUCAGUCUUGAUAGUGCUAGGUCUCAGGUAGCGUUCGGUAUCUUAGGUAGCGUUCGAUAUCUUAGGUAGCGUUCGGUCUCUUAGGUAGCGUUCGGUCUCUAUGGUAGCGUUUGGUCUUGAUAGUGCUCGGUCUUGGGUAGCGUUCAGUCUUAGUGGGUGGUCUUAAGUAGCGUUCGAUCUUAGUGGGUGGUCUUGGUAGCGUUCGGUCUUAGUGGAUGGUCUUAAAUAGUGUCCGACCACUUCUUCAGUCUUACCUUUUAUGGACUGUUCGGUCCAGUCCUUUGGGAAGUGAGAUACCAGUUCGGUCUCCACCAUUCACAAGGUGUUCGGUCUUGCUCAUUAUGUGUUGAUGUUUUCUGUUAGGCCUGUAUUCCUAUUUAUUCCAAUAUGCUAUUUUACUUAAUUGUUCCAGUUGCUUUAAGGGCUUAUGUGUGCAUUAUCAUGUUGAUGUUAAGGUGAAAAGUAUCAGUAUUGAACGUAAUUCCAUGAUCCUCAAGGGGGAUACAUGGUGGUGCCCUUAGUGUUUAGAAUGAUUUGCAUGGUAGCUUAGUCUUAUGGGUUAUCUUGAAACUACAAUGGUCAAUCAUUCUCAAGUAGAGAGGAUUGAAUCAUGUCGUGAGUAGUAGCAGGAGGUCCUAGUUUUGGGUGCUUCUAGUAUGGCCCAAGGUGAGUGAUAACGGACCAACCUCGUGAGUGUGGUAGGGUGAAACUCAUUGGCAAUGGCUUUGCAAAGCAGUAGAGGCCACCACGAGUGCAUGACCCGCCAUAGCUCGACAAUCAUUCUAUGUCCGGACGAGUCAAGUGUAAAGUGUAACAAGUGGUGUUAUAUGGUUCAUUGACUUUGAAUUAAACUUGCAUGUUGUAUGUGAUUGUUAUAACAUGAUUUUCGUAUAUCUAACUUACCCUUGCUUGUGUGUUUGUGUUUGCUUGGGUAUGCUUUCUUUUGCAAUGAUCAUCACUUGGAUGUGAGCAGAGAUGGAUGAGGUGCCUCUGGAGCAGACUUUGGAGGAAGAUGAUGCUGCUGCUUAGUCUCCUUAGGAUUAUAUCAGUUAUUCCUUAUCUUUUGAAAUACUUUAGUAUGCUUAAGUUUUAAAUUCUGACUCC